AAAUAACAUGUUCCUUAUUCAACAAAUAAUUAAUAAAUGGACAAAAUUAAACAUGUAUUUGAGCAAAUAAAAGAUUUUAGUCGCUAUUAUUCAACCGAAAAACAAAAAUCGUUAGUUGGUAAAGAAGAUAAUUUAUGUGAAAAUUGUAAACAGACUGAUACUGGUUAUAAUUAUUGUCAGUCAUGUGAUUCUAACCGUUUUCAACAAAAUUUCAAAAACUGGACAAGUGGAAAUCAUGACGUUGAUGAAUUUAUUCAAAAAGUACAAUUAAAAGCUAAAAACAGUCAGUCAGUUAUAGAAUGGAUUGAAUAUAAUAAAUUUGAAGACGUUGUAUAUUUAGCAAAAGGGGGAUUUGGAACUAUUUUCAAAGCAGUUUGGAAAGAUGGCCCUAUACGGAAAUGGGAUUAUGAAAAUAAUCAAUGGGAAAGAAAUGGUGAAACAAAAGUCGCUUUAAAGUGUUUACAUAACUCACAAGAUAUUACAGCAGAUUUUUUAAAAGAAGUUGAGUCAAAUAUUUUAGUAUGCGAAUCUGGACUUGGUUUGGUAGUUCGUUGUUUUGGUAUUGCUAAGAAUCCAAAAACAAAUAAUUUCAUAAUGGUGAUGGCAUUAAAAAAUUGCAGUUUAAGACAACAUAUAAAUGAUAAUUUUAAUUCAUUAAAUUGGUUGAAAAAGUUGGGUUUAUUACGUGGUAUCUCAAUUGGUCUUAGAGAUAUUCAUAAUAGUGGAUUAAUUCACCAUGAUCUUCAUUGUGGAAAUAUAUUAGUUGAUGUUAUUGGUAGUGUUGAUGUGGCUUGUAUUACUGAUUUAGGAUUAUGUCAACCAGCAAAUGUUAAGUCUUCUCAAAGUAAUAGUAACGAAAUAUAUGGAGUAUUACCAUAUGUAGCAACUGAGGUUUUAAGAGGAAAAGAAUAUACUCAAGCAAGUGAUAUUUAUGCAUUUGGUAUUAUUGCAUAUGAAAUUUGUACAGGAUUGCCUCCUUAUCACGAUAUACCUCAUGAUGAAUUAUUGGCAAUGAAAAUUUGUCAAGGGUUAAGGCCAAAAUCUAAUUAUAUAGUUCCUCAACUAAUUAUUGAUAUAAUUAAUCAAUGUUGGGAUACAGACCCUUCAAAACGACCUGAAGUGAACAAAUUAUUUGAGUUACAAAAUGAUUUAUGGAAGGAUUGGAUUGAAGAAGAUUCUGUAAUCAAAAAACAAAUCAAUGAAGCAGAUGAAAUUAAUAAAAAGACAUCUUCAACGGUUCAGCCACAUUUAUCGACUAUUGGUACUCUCUCAUAUACGACACAUCCUCAAGCAAUUUAUAUAAGUAGACUUUUAGAUCUUAACAAUCUUCUGGAACCCAAAAAUGCAGACAAUAAUGAUGAUUUAUUUGGAAUAGAAUAUUCAGAAUCUAUAAGAAUGGAUUUUACUAAACUUGAUAUUAAUGAUGAAAGUAAUUAAACUCAAUGUUAUUUCGUGGACAUUUUUGUGAAAAUCUAAUAAGGC